GAUUGCUGGUCACUGCUCUUCACCAAUUGUAACUAAUAGUUCUCUCUGUGCCCAGUUAGUUGAACUUGGCAGACCGGCGACAGAGGUCCGUGGACCGCAGUAAACGUGACAAAAAUGAAACCAAAGGUAUCGAUUGCGUCACUGCUACUUGUGAUAUCUGCACUUACGUUGGCGACGAACACACAUGACUACGGAAAUAUUUAUAAUCAAAUAAGAGCACCACCGGUAAGGGAGCGGUGUGAUGACUACAAUGACAUUUCAAAGUGGAUAGCUGAGCAGGUGAAGCUUAGUGCCCAGUUGAGAAAAUUUCAGAAAGAUCAGGAUGCUAUACUGAGCUCUUUUGGCAAAACGCCUACUUUAAUGACCUGUCGGUUCUACGAAGAAAUCACCCUGAAUCGAAUAGUGGAGAAGGUCAAUAGGAUAAACGAAGUGAGUGGAAGUCAAGUUGAAAAGCUUAAAAGCAGCGGAGAUCUGGAAAAAGAUUUGGAAAAUGUUUUACCCCAAAUUAAAAAGGGCGUUUCUAAGGGCAUCAAAAGUUGCUGUGAAAACUUCAACAAAUUAAUAGAAAAUUAUAAAAAGGAUAUAAAUUUAAAAAUCAAGAAUCUGCCAAGUAAAUUAAAUGAGAAAGAAUUUGGAAAAUUAAAUGAAAAUGACUCUAUUCAAAAGAAUCUAGGGUACAUAGAAAAACAACUUGAAGAAAUAAGACCACUUUUGGAGAAGCUACAAAAAUAUUUUCGUGAUAGUCAGGCGAAUUCGAAAUGUUGUGAUGGUCUAACAGAAUCAUUUAAGGCUUUGGAAAAUAAAUUAUCGUUAGCCAAAGGCAAUGGAUAUAAUCAGUCCCUAAAGAUAGAAAAUCAGCUAAAAGAACUAAAAGAUAAAAUACAGGAAAAUGUGGAUAAGACAAAUGUUUUUAAGACAACUUUAAGUCACCGCUUUGAAAAUAUUAAAAAUAUUCUUAGUAUCUGCAAUCAAAGCUAUGUACAUAAAUAUGUUUCAAUGGAUACAACUAUUUUGCUUGACUUGGAAAAAAAUGCAGAAACCUUACAGAAACUCGCCGAAACGCUUUUCAAAAAUGUAGGCGGCUUAGGCAUCCAUAAGCCCUCAAUGAAUUUAAAUGUAACCCUUAACACAUGCCAGGAAAAUAAUGAAUUGCUAACCAAUAUCCAAUCUAAAAUGGGGUAUUUGCUUGAGCAAAAUUCCAAAGAUUGUUUUGAGGGAUCGCCCACAGACUCCGAAAAUUCUAGGUCUUUGAUUAUUCAAAAUUGUUCAUCUAACGAAAAGCUACAGAACAGUAUUGCUGAGCUGGAAAAGGAAAUAGGAAUCUUGCGUAAGAACCUAACAAGCUUCCCGAAAUGCUGUCAAAAAAUCGACGACCUUAUCGUGCAUAUGGGAAAACUAGAAAAUAUGAUGAAAAAAAUGAACCAAACUUACAAUGAUCAUCUAAACGCCAACUCAAAUCAACUUAAUUCUAUAAAAGAUGGCAUGGAUAAAUCCUUAAGAAAGAUAAGCCCAAUCCAUGAUGACGGUGAUAGUAAAAACCUUCAGGAGCUGGCAAGAAAGCUUAAAAAAGAUCUUAUAAAAGCUAGCUUGACCCUAAGCGUUCUAAAAGAACGACAAGAUGACUUAUUAAAUGAUAAUAAUAAAAAUCAAAGUUCACUAUACUCUCCUGAUGAGAUGGCUGGUUUGAAAAAGGAUUUAUAUGAGUUUAGCCAGGACAUCGAUGGAAAGUUAAAGGACUUAGAAUUAAAGAUGCAAAGCAAAAUGGACGCUGUUAAACAUCUCGAUACAUUCAACAAAGAAACAAAUCAGAAUCUAGAUAAAGUUAAAGCAAAUACCCUUGAACACAAAGAACUAGAUAUGCGGAUCAAGGAUCAGACAGAGAAUCAAAUUAAGCAAACAAAUGAAAUGCUUAAUUGCUCAAAAAAGUGUUCGAAAAUUAACAUGAUGAACGAUCUUAUGGACCAAGUGGAAGACAUGGAACGGAUUGUUAAAUAAAGAUGAUCCAUGAUGUAUAAGACGCUAUUGUUAAAUUAAGCAAUCCAAAUAGCCAAUUUUUUUCUUUUUUUUUACAAUAAUUAUUUCAAAAUUAUAU